AAGCAGCAGCAGCUCCUCAUUCGCUGUUUGUUGGCGCGGAAGUUACUUGUGGAGAGCUCUGGGGCUGUCAAUUAUUCUUUUAAAUUCUCGUUUUCUCCCUGUACUCCUGGUAAAAACGCCUGGGGACGGAGCUGUAUGAAUUAUAUUAAUUCACAGGGCUGCAGACAGGAUUUGGUGACUAGUUGUACGGGACUGUAUGGCGUUAUUAAGCCGAGCUGGUCGUUAUGUUUUUAGCCUGGUUAGCUUAACUAGCUAGUUAACGCUAGCUGCUCUUUUAAUCAGUCAUACAGGGGCUAACUGCCAAGCGUGUGGGAUAGUUAGCUAGCUAACAUAGCUGGUAAACUAGUUAACUAACUUAGUUAGCCAGACAGUUUAUUACAAAAUUGAAACAGUCUACUGCCGAUUGUGUGCCAGUUUCUCUACUCUUAAUUUGUUAUAAUUUGGCUAGACUGUGCUGUAAUAUUAUAAGCUAGCUAACCUAGUUAGUUCAGUUAUCUUAUUUAGGUAACGCUGUUGAGCUGAGUUAGCUAGAUAUAUCCAGUCUGCUGCAGAAGACUGGGAAAACUGUUGGUGAAGUGUUGAGAGCUCCUCUGUCUGUAGGUCAACAUUCAGCUGAAGUUUGAAGACAGCAACUUAAUCUGGAAGUCCACUAGGAAACACCGACAACUCACCAUGCUUGUGGAAUGUGGAAUGAAAGAGCGAGAUAAGCUGGCACUGAAGAAGAACUCUGUGGCACUAUGUAAAGAAAUGGUGGUGGAUGAACUACUUAUCCAGUUUUUGCAGGCAGAGGAUGUUCUCACAGAGGGCAUGGCUGAAACCAUUCUGGCGGAGCCUACGUCCCAUAAACGAAGCUGGCGUUUGCUGUCACUGCUGCCUAAGCGAGGCCCCCAGGCCUUCAACAGCUUCUGCACGGCUCUUAAAGAGACAGAGCAGCAGCACCUCUGCACCCUGCUCAUUAGGUUCAGGGAACGAGAGAACAAACCCACAGAGAUUGAGGGAGAAAUGUCAUUGGCACAGGACAACACACCUGCUAAGGACAGGGGAAACCAGGAGAGAUUUCCAGAACCUGUAUUUCCACUCCCAACCCAGGAGUGUGCAGUACCUGCCAAAAGAGCUCGCACUCAUGAGUCUAUGGAGAUGUGUUUGGAUGCAGACAGUCCUGUGACCACUGCUGUGCUGCCCUGCACACCUGAAUUCUACAUGUCCCACAGUGCGCAGGCCUACCAGAUGUCCUCCAGUCCUCGGGGUCUUGCGUUAGUUGUGAGUAAUGUGCGCUUUGAGCCGGAAUUGUCAGAACUGGAUACGCGAAGAGGAGGAGAGGUAGAUGAGGAGGUGCUGAGAAGACUCUUUACAGAGCUGGACUUUACAGUCAGUCUACACAAAGACCUCACUGUCCAGGCCAUGCGGGACUGUAUAGAGCAGUUUGCACGGCAGUCAGAGCAUGCAGUGUGUGACUGUAGUGCUGUUUGUUUGCUGUCUCAUGGAGUGGAGGGCUGCAUCUACGGAACUGAUGGCCAGCUACUGGAGUUGGACUGGGUGUUUGAAAUGUUUGAUAACGCACGCUGCCCUCUGCUUCAGAACAAGCCAAAAAUGUUCUUCAUUCAGGCAUGUAGAGGAGAGGAGAUGGACAGUGGUGUGGACCAGAUAGAUGGCGACGAUGGCAAGGAGCCUGCAGGCUGUGAGCACAGGGAUGCGGGGAGAGAGGAGAAGACUGAAAGACAAAGUGAAGCAGGGGACGAAAGAGAGCGUGAGAGACUGCGAGUGAAACUGCCUCAGAGAUCGGAUAUGAUCUGCGGAUUUGCCUCUCUCAAAGGUUUCAGCACUGCUGCAAUGAGAAACACGAAGAAAGGCUCCUGGUUCAUUCAGGAGAUCAACACAGCUCUGCGACUGAGAGCCAGAGACACACACUUAUCGGAUAUACUGGUGCAGGUGAACGGACGAAUCAAGGAGAGGGAAGGUUACGCCCCAGGUUCUGCUCACCAUCGCUGUAAAGAGAUGUCUGAAUUCACCAGCUCUCUGUGCAAAGACUUCUACCUCUUCCCCAAGUACUGCCCAAACAGUUAAACACAAACUUGCCUUGAUGUAAAAGAACUUCCUUACACAAACAUUCCGAAUCUACCAGCUUUGAAAAAUGAUUCCUUACGCAGCAUCAACACACAAUUCUGUACAUUAAACAUGGUGUUGUGUUCUGCUAACAGCUGGGCCAAAUAUAGGAUUAUAGACAUUUCUUUUCCCAUAUGUUUUCCACUCCUUAACACAUUCACUAUACCAGCGCUAAGCAUUGUGUGUUUUUUUCACACAUUUUUAAAACAUGUUUUCAUUUGUGAAUGUAUAUAUAAUCACUGCCACACAAAUACCUUGUAUCUCCAUUUAAGUUGUUUGACACUGGCAGCUGUAAAUCAGGCAGCUGUAUUUUACGUUAUAUCAGAAUUUCACGAUGAUUGAAUUAGUAGACAUGAACCAAAAUAACUUUAAAUGAACUAUUUUUAUGUUGAUUACCAUUUAUCAUUAACAAGGUUUUGCUCUUCUCCUGUAAAGCUGGAGAUACAAGAUUUUUGUGUGGUCUGUUUUAACUAUAGUCAGUAUACAGGUGGAUGAAACUACACAGGUGUUUUUAAAUGUAUCUUAGUGUGUUUUGUUACCUGGCCUUGUCUUUUUCCAAACCAGUCAGUUUUUAUAAAUUCCAGUUCUAGGCUGUUUUCCACAGAGAUCUAUUUUUGUCACUUUUGUAGCGUAUGAACUCUUGUAUAGAUUUUUUUAUCUUCUUUUAUCAGUUCAUAUUUUACUUUAUUUUUUUUUAUUUUAUUUUUUUACAUUUCACUUUUUAUUUUAUUUUCCUGCCAUACUGCAUACAUGAUUUGUCUCAUUUCAUACUUCACAGUUUGUAAUUCUUAGCUUUGCAGAGUCUGCAAAACUGACUGUACAAAUGCCUGCCUUAGUGUUAUAACAACUAUUUAGUAUUUGUUUUAACAAUCCAAUUCCUAAAUCUUAGGAUUAGUUAAGGUGUAAACAGUUAAAACAAUGAAUGAUUCAGGUGGAAAAUAUCCAAGUAUAUUGUAAUCAGCAAUAGGAAAACUGUCAAAUUGUUUUUUUUUAUUGCAUUAUCCUUUGCUCUAAAUUGCUUUUCAUAAUUUUUAUUUCAGCUUUUUGUAACCUGACAAAUUUUUAGUUACGUUCCACAAGUAAAUAAGCUUUCUUGUUUGUUUUCUUCCCUCUUUUUUAUUUCUCUUUAUUCUGCAUCGGUUCUCCUCCAGGAGGCAGUAUUGGCUUGAUAGUGGCCCUCAAAACAUUUUUACUCACUUCCUCAUCUUACUGUAAAGCAGUUAAGGCUGAUUUAAACACUUUUUAAAAAUUAACAGUUUCUGUAAAUAUGCCUCCCUGCCACUUUUCUGUAUAAAACAUUUGCAUAGGUUUUUAUGGUCAGUACAUUAAUGAAUUUAAAGUGUAGCUCUCUCUGGCUCCAUAUAAUGCAGGCAAACAGUGUACAGUAACAGUGAAAGAGUUUUCAGCAGCUUUAAGAUGCAUCUUAAUUUGCACAUUUGUUUCUUUGUUAUUCUUUAUGAAUUUGACCAAAUCAGAACAUUUCAGUUUGCCGGUCUGUCUUUGCUGAGGCAUGUAUAGUAUUCCAGGGGUCACAACCUUUGACACCUCACAGCCCUCUGACACUCUCCCGCACACUCAACAUUUCAUUUCACCAUUAUCAUUAACACAUCAUUUUUCAUUGUCAUAUAAAGUCACUGAGUAUUUUGAUGCUGAAGCUCCUAAAACAUUAUUAUUAUUAUUAUUAUUAUUAUUAUUAUUAUUAUUAUUAUUAUUAUUAUUAUUAUUAUUAUUAUUAUUAUUGCAGAAACAAUGUUAACAUGGCAUCAUAAUUAUUAUACAGUGCAUACAUAUAUAUUUAUAUGGAAUUACGCAUUCAGUUUUCUUUUUCUAAACAUGAUUGAACAAAAGUAAUUGACUUAUUGCAAGUAUUUUGUAGAUUGACAUGCAGGUUCCAAUAUCAUAUACAUAUUAAUUAUAUGCAGAUUUUUGUGCCAACCUGGAUGAUAUAUACAAAUAUAUAUUAAUUUGUGUAGAUGGGUGCUGGGUAACACGUAAAAUAUAUACAUUUUUCAAGUAUUGAGUAAUAUUUCUAUUUAAGUAAUAGUUAUAUUUAAUAUACCAAUACAUUAUUUUUGGAAUCUAUGUAUAAUUUUAAAUGUCUAACCUUAACCUUAGAUCUAAAGAAUGAACUGUUGUACUGUGGACUCAGUAAAAUUGCUCAGUAAUUUUGCCCUCAAGUGUUGAUGUGUAUUGAGAGUCCAUUCUCUCACUGCCUCUAUUGCAUUCUUUAAUCCCUACAAUGUACAUGAAGUUAUGUGCCAAAUGUUUAUAUAAACCUUAAAGUAAUUAUUGAAUAAUUACAUUAAAAAUCACUAUUAAAAGGAUAUAAUUAUACAGAGAGUACUGAUGAGGAUAUGAUCUGUGUGUAAUUUUGGUCUAAGUGAAUCUGUUUGAUAAUUGGUGCUGUUUAUGUUGUUUUUUUUUUUGUUUUUUUUUACACAUAUGCUUAAAACAUCUCGUCUGAUCUGAUCUUGUCAGUUUUCUCAAUGGAUGAUCUGUUCUGUUCACAGGUGUUUUCACAUACAGCUCCGGAGAAAAAUUAAGAGACUUAAAAAUGAUCAGUUUUUUCGUAUUAUACUAUUUAUAGAUAUAUGUUUGAGUAAAAUGAACUUUGUUUUUUUA